AGUUUAUGAUAAUUAUUUCAUGUUUAACCAUGAUUAUUGAUUUUUCAGGUUUGAAAGUGAACUCAACAUUAUAACUAUCAAAAUCAAGCUUGUUCCCCAGCACUAGAAGUGAAGAGAGCAGAAGAAUCUUAUCAAGCAUUACAACAUGCUUUAUUUAACAACUCUUCUGAUAAAUUGGAAGUAUUAAAGUUAAUAUUAAAUGUCACCGAUGAUAAUGAGAUUUCACAUUUUAGGAGGAGAGUCCUUUGGCGGGGUUAUGAGAGAAUUGGAUUAAAUUUCUUUGAUGAGGAUAAAAAAGUGGCUCUAUUACUAACAUCAGGCCUUGACAUCUCUAAUGAGAGGAUUCAGUUUCUCCAUAAUUUUUAUGGUGAUUCAAACUCAACUCCACAUAUACUUUGGAUUCCAAUUAUGGAUGAUCAUGCAGCAUGGUCGGUUGAGCAAUAUGAAGAAGUUCGAGAUAAAAUGUGGUUUCAAAUAUUGGACGAUCCACAUAAAAGGAUUGCACGAAACUUUACUAGAUUUGUGAAGGAGAAUCUCCUUCCUCACUUUCAGAUUGGAGAGGAGCCUAUCCUCGUUUCACUAGAUUAACAAGGAAGGAUCGUUCAUACAAACGCGAUGCACAUGAUUCAAACAUGGAGUCCUGGUUAUAUUGACGAUACAGAAUUGGGAGUUCAAGGACCAAGAUACAAAAUAAUCCCUUUCAUUGAAAAGGAGAUGAAAGAAAGGUCUCAAGGUCUUGAUAGUUUGAUAUUUGACAUUGACGAACAGAUUAGUCAUUUGGUACAUGAAAUUGAGGAUAAGAUAGAUGAUUGGACAAAUCAAAUUGACGAUAGGAUAGAUGAACUGAGAAAGCGCUCAAUUAUGUUCACAAGUGAAAGAGAAAACGCUCUAUGGAAAAAAGAAAGAGAUUGGAGUCUUGGCCUUGUAGUUGGCGAUAUUGAGGAAAACCUAACCCAAUGGAUUAUGGACGAAAAGUAUAUUUUCUUAUAUGGAGGAAAUGACAUUAAAUGGGUUAGAGAAUUCACUUCCAAAUUACGUGAAGUAAGCUACAAAACCCGACAAUGCAUGGAGUUGAUUUAUGUUGCAAAAAAUGAGAAAGUAAGAGCAAGAAUUGUGGUAGAAAAGAUGAGCCAUGUUUUACAAAGUCCCUACGAUGCAUGGAGGUUUUGGACAAGGCUUCAAAGUGCAUUAGUGUCACGAAUCAAUUACUUAAAUGCAAGUAAUUGGUAUGGUGAUGAGUGCGACGAUGAAAUUGCAAAAGGGUUCAAAAAAUUGUUGGGUUAUGAAUGUAAGGGUAAAACAAUGAAAGAAUGGGCAUUGUUAAGCAAAGAGCAAAAUGUGGCGGUAUGUGGGCAUGGAACUAAAAUGUUGAGGGUCAUUAAUGAGUUUAAGAGUUGGAAAGAAGAUCUGGCCUUUAAAAGCUUUGACCAAGCAUUCAAAGACUACUACAACAAGACCCUGCAUACUUCUUCUUCAUCGAAUUGUCAUUCUUGUUGUGCUUUUGAAUACCCAAUCACCUUGAAAAGAAUCCCAACAAAAGAGAAAUGUCCAGAGUGCUUUCAUGAUAUGCAAAAGUUGGUGACUUUUACAUGCUAUCAUGGUGACAAUUGAUUACCAGCUAAGAAUGAUAGGAAACUUCUGUAUGGCAAAGGCAUUCAAGGACAGACACAUGAGCAGCUUGCUUCCUCUGAUACAGUGUGUAUUACCAUCUUCUGACUCUAACUACCUCAGAUCUUGUGGUCCUCCAAUUCUAGGAUUUGUUCCAUCUGAUUUGUAUGAACUGUUAAAAGUUUCAAUUCUAACUAUUUACGGGUUUUUUUGUU